AUCAUCGAUCCAUCUCUCGAUCGAACUCAAACUUGAUCUAAUUACGAGCUAGCCGAUCGAUCGAGGAGAUGGAGGGAUCGGUGGGUGAGCCUGGGAGUUCAAUGCACGGAGUGACGGGGCACGAGCCGACGUUGGCGUACCAGGUGACGUCGACGACGGUGGAGACGGACACGACGGCGACGUUCGCAUUGCCGGUGGACUCGGAGCACAAGGCGAAAGCCUUCCGCCUCUUCUCCUUGGCCAGGCCGCACAUGCUCACUUUUCAUCUCUCCUGGUUCUCCUUCUUCACCUGCUUCGUCUCCACCUUCGCCGCCGCUCCCCUCGUCCCCAUCAUCCGCGACAACCUCAACCUCACCAAGCCGGACGUCGGCAACGCUGGCGUCGCCUCCGUCUCCGGCGCCAUCUUCUCCCGUCUCGCCAUGGGAGCUAUCUGCGACCUGCUCGGUCCCCGCUACGGGUGCGCCUUCCUCGUCAUGCUCUCCGCCCCCACCGUCUUCUGCAUGUCCCUCGUCUCCUCCGCCGCCGGCUACAUCGCCAUGCGCUUCCUCAUCGGCUUCUCCCUCGCCACCUUCGUCUCCUGCCAGUACUGGAUGUCCACCAUGUUCAACAGCCAGAUCAUCGGGCUCGCCAACGGCACCGCCGCCGGGUGGGGCAACAUGGGCGGCGGGGCCACCCAACUCAUCAUGCCCCUCGUCUACGACCUCAUCCGCAAGGCCGGCGCCACCCCCUUCACUGCCUGGCGGCUCGCUUUCUUCGUCCCUGGGACCAUGCACAUCUGUGUCGGCCUCCUCGUCCUCAUCCUCGGCCAGGACCUCCCGGACGGCAAUCUCAAUUCGCUCCAAAGCAAGGGCCAAGUAGCCAAGGACAAAUUCUCUAAGGUGUUAUGGUACGCGGUGACCAACUACAGAACAUGGAUCUUCGUGCUCCUCUACGGCUACUCGAUGGGGGUGGAGCUGACGACUGACAACGUCAUCGCCGAGUACUUCUUCGACCGGUUCGAUCUCAACCUGCGGACGGCGGGCACCAUCGCCGCCUGCUUCGGCAUGGCCAACAUCAUCGCCCGCCCCUUCGGCGGCUUCAUGUCCGACUUCGGGGCCCGCCGCUACGGCAUGCGCGCCCGCCUCUGGAACCUCUGGAUCCUGCAGACCCUCGGCGGCGCCUUCUGCCUCUGGCUCGGCCGCGCCGAUUCCCUCCCCAUCUCCGUCUUCGCCAUGGUCUGCUUCUCCAUCUGCGCCCAGGCCGCCUGCGGCGCCACCUUCGGCAUCAUCCCCUUCAUCUCUCGCCGCUCCCUCGGCGUCAUCAACGGCAUGACCGGCGCAGGGGGCAACUUCGGCUCCGGCCUCACCCAGCUCCUAUUCUUCACCAGCGACAAGUACUCCACGGCGACGGGGCUGUCGCUGAUGGGCAUCAUGAUCAUGGCUUGCACGAUGCCGGUGACGCUGGUGCACUUCCCGCAGUGGGGCAGCAUGUUCCUGCCGCCGUCCAAGGACUCGACGAGGUCGACGGAGGAGCACUACUACGGGAAGGAGUGGAACAAGGCGGAGCGGGAGAAGGGCAUGCACCAGGGAAGCUUAAAAUUCGCCGAGAACAGCCGGUCCGAGCGCGGGAAGAUCUACGCCGAGUCGGCGCCGGCGCCACGGGACGCAUCGCCACGCGUGUAGACGAUCGAGCUAGUUAAUCAAUUUACAAAAAAAAACAACGAAUUAAUCCUCUCGCAAGGAUUUGUGACCAAUAAUAAUGCGAGGCGAUGUGCGAGUUCUAUAAGCGUACUACGAAGACCAAAUUCUCUAUGGGAUUGGUUGCAUCUUGAUCUCCUAAUUAAGGUUUAAGCACUACUGCGAGCGUUUAUCUGUCAUUGUCAUUUUACAAAUUUUAUAUAUUUAUAUGUAUUAUGUUUGCAAUCUUACACAAAUACUCGUGCUC